AUGAGUACAUUUUCGAUUCCACUUUUACAGCAAUUCGUAGAUAAUUUUACGCAGCUUGAGCUUAUUCCGGCAAGUUUUACACCUAUAUUGGAUCCGUACUAUACUGAAAUUGCCAAAAAUCAAGAGUUGAAAGACCGAGCUUCAGAAAUUUGCAACGCGGUACUUAAAGACUACCAAAACUAUAAUCCUGAGAUCGUCAAGCGUUGUAGCAGGUUUCACGGCGUUUUGGCACAAUCGCAGCAAAAUCCACGCUUAGAUAACCUUAUCAUAGAAGAUAUAGAUGUGACGGCUUCCAAAUUCAGCCAGUUUACCGACGAUCGUGAACACAUGGGGAAUCUAAUUGUCGAGGAGAUCGACGUAGAGCAGUUUGUAUGA